AUGUUCAGCGCACUCAAAGGUCUCUUCAAGGAACAGACUGCCGCCGCUGCCCAGUCGACUGCGACCAUCGAUCAAGCUUCUUCCCACCCUCAGCAGUCCAAGGUUGAGAGAACCGACUUCGAACUCGGACUUCCAACAAACGACCAACUCACCAACAUCUUCGAAUACCUCGGCCAAGACAAGAUUGGAAACGUCAUUGAAGGCGCCUCAAGCCCCACCGAAGCCCUGAGGAAGCUCAAGGAGAACGGAAGUCUCUUCCAGAGACCGCUCGUUGUAGACUGGGGAAAUGGACGCGCUGUGAGUGGUGACAACGAGUCUGAAAUCCUGAAGCUGCUCCAAACCACUCCUAAAGCCUAA